UUCAGAUUUUACAAAUAUAAACCAAGAUAAUGGCCACUAACAAGGAAUGUCUGGUUAUUGUGCUGGAUGUACGGACCUGCGCUGCCGAGGAUUUUAAACUGAAGUCGGUGAAGUGUGUGGCCGAAAUACUCAAGGAUAAGAUUGUGUGCAGCAGCAAGGACUAUGUCUCUUUUGUACUGGUAGGCAGCGCUAAAAACACGGACGACUGCCAAAAUGUGAUAUACUUCAAGGAGGGGUCUGUACAGCUAUGCAGCUGGCAACUGUUGCUGGACUUAUUUACAUUUGUAAAUGAAACCGCCUGCGAGCAGGGCGAAUGGCUGGACGGGAUUAAGGUGGCCCUAGACAUGCAGGAAAACGCCCUGGCGCUGAAGCCCGCCAGACGUCGCAUACUGCUUCUGUUUGACUUCAAUUCAAUGCCACAGAGCUAUGAGAAGUUCAAUUCAAUCACCGACGAGCUGCUGAACUCUGGCAUCGAAUUAAUUGUAGGCUCCCACAACAUUGCUUACAUAGACAACAUGGAGAGCGGAGAACCCCAGGCUAUAUUCAAUUUCUCGCGAAAGUGCACUGCCGAGGAGCUGGAGAACCAGAAGUAUGCCCUGAAUCUCGUCCCUCGCUGCAAUGCCACGCUCUGCAGCUUCAAGGAGACUCUGCAAACGGUCUUCAGGGUGACCAACAGACGACCGUGGUCGUGGAACUCCACGUUGUGUAUCGGCAGCAAGAUCAGUAUCAAUGUGCAGGGCAUGAUUGCCAUGAAGAAUCAAACGCCCGUCAAGCUGAAGAGGGUCUGGGCCGUGUCCGAUGAGGAAGUGUCGCGUGAGACGCACCAUUUCAUGAAGGGCGCCGAGGUGACGCCCCUGCCCGAAGACCUUAUGACCGGCUACAUGCUGGGCGGUACAGCCGUCCCUUAUGAUGAUACGCUGCUCGAGCCGAAAGCGCCGCAUCCGCCUGGUCUGCACUUCUUUGGAUUCAUCAAGCGGGACUCGGUGCCGGAUGAGUACUUCUCUGGAGAUUCGCUCUACGUGGUGGCCCACCAGAAGGGGAGUACAGUGUCGGCCAACAAACUGGAUGCCCUGGUGAGGGCUCUGGACAGCAGCAACCAUGCGAUGCUCUGCUGGAAGAUCUACAGCCCGAAGUUGAACACUCCUAAAAUGGUGAUUCUGCUGCCGAAACUGCCGGAUGACAGCCAUCCGGCCAUGCUCUACAUGCUGGAGCUCUCCUACACGUCGCAGCACCAUUUCUGGGACUUUCCUUCGCUGCGCACUACCAAGUCGGAGUGUAGCGAAGAGCAGCUGGAGGCCAUCGACAGGCUGAUCGACAGCACCGACCUUGAGUGCAGCCUCAGCAACACUCAUCAGCCGCGCCAGUGGCGUCAGAAUGAUCUUCUGCCAUUUGAUAGCCUGCCAAGCAUCUUUGAGCAGAAUGUGAUGGAUGUGCUGGAGCGGAGGGUGAUCAAGGAAGGAUCGCUACGUGAUGAUGAUCAGCAGUUCAAGGAAAUGCUGAAGGACAAGAACUUUGUCGACGUCUUUUGGAGUGUCCCCGAGGCGCUGGAAGAGAAAUCCAAGCAAGCAGCGUCCACCGUGAAGAAGCUUUUCCCACUGAAGCACAGCAGGGCCUGGCUGGAGAAGCUCCAGGCCAAGGAGCAGGCGGAGAAUGCUCUCCCCAUCAAGGACGAGCCCCAAGAGAAGGAAAUUCCCAUGCCAGCGGACGGCGUGGGCUUGGUCGCAUCCGCCCAAGACUACACGCGCAUCCUGGCAAGUAUCCGCUCCAUCAGCAAUGUCACCCGGAGGGAUGCCCAGUUCCAGACGCUGGCCGCCCAAGUCCGUGUGGUUAUCUUCACUCUUCUCGAGCGGAAGAAGCUCAACCUGGAGCAGCUGGGCGAGCUCAUUUCACUGUACAGGCAGAGCUGUCUCGACUUCAAUGCGUUCCUGGAGUACGAUAAGUUUACGGAGGAGCUGAAGAAGAUCGUCGUGGCGAAGAGACUGCAGGAGUUCUGGACGGACAUCAUGGAUGACAAGCAGCUUGGUCCCUUGGUGCUGGGCCAGCCCACACUAGACGAUGAACUAAACCUUAAGGCUUAUUACAACAUCGAUUGGCAGGGAGUUCCAUGAACAAAGAGUGGGCGCUU